UGGUAUACGCGUUGUAGUAAUAAAUUCGUUAUUCGUGUUGUUAUUGCUGGCCUUAUUUAAGCUAGUAAUUUUCAGUUGAGCGUCGUUGCUGAGAUUUAAAUAAAAUUAAUAGUCAUGUUUGUGAAAAAUAUUUAUAAAAAGUAAAUUAAGUUGGUGAGAUUUGGAAAAAAUAUAUAAACGUAGAUAAGAAAUAUGACCGGCCUUGGAUCUGGGAAAGAGGCUACAGUUUUGUGUUGUAUUGGCUGUUUUUAAUUUAUAUAAGUGUUCACAGCAUCACUCUUAGAUCAUCAGAGAACUAACUUCCUAAACUAUAGAGUAAAAUAUUAGCAUCUUAUUUACUGGGAAAAGCAGACUUGGCCAAUUUCGGGCGUGGAAUUCAGCUAGCAAAUAAUAGUAAUGAUCAAACUGUUUAAUUCAACUUGAAGGUGUUUUCUCGGGCAUCUUCAGCCAUGACUGUGAACUUCUUGACAAGAAUUUCACCAGCUGGGCUUUCACACACACUAAAAAACAGUUGGCCUAUUAAAUUCCAAGGAUUAUGGGCCUUAGGAUUCACAGCAAGGUUUUCUACAGAAUUUGGCCUUCAUCCCAGAAGGAACUACUCAUUUCAUGUACAAGAAAAAUCAAGAGAGACAAAAUUGCUCCACCACUUACGAGCAAGAAUAUCAGCUACAGGGCCUGUGACUGUUGCUGAAUAUAUGAAGGAGGUUCUCACUAAUCCCAUGUCAGGGUAUUACAUGCACAGAGAUGUAAUUGGCAGUUCUGGUGAUGUCAUUACAUCCCCAGAGAUUUCACAUACGUUUGGAGAGCUAAUUGCUAAAUGGUUCCUAAAUGAGUGGACUAAAGUAGGUAAACCUAAACCACUAUAUGUGGUUGAGCUUGGGCCUGGAAGAGGAACACUCUCUGAUGAUAUGCUUAGGGUUUUUUCACAAUUUAGUGAUUCACGAGAAGUGGUGUCACUUCAUCUGGUGGAGGUAAGUCCCCAUUUAAGUCAGCUGCAAGAGUUAAAACUAUGUGGCACAGUCAGUGUUGUCAAAGAUGUAUUAGAAGCUGAAGAUAGACAUCGACAUCUCCAUCUACACACUAGUCCAGAAAGUGAAGAAAAUUUCUAUAAGCACAACAUUACAAAACAUGGUGUUCCUGUCUCUUGGUAUCGCCAUCUUGAGGAUGUUCCCCAUGGAUUCUCUUGCUUCAUUGCCCAUGAAUUCUUUGAUGCCCUUCCAGUUCAUAAAUUUCAGAAAACGCAUGAGGGAUGGCGAGAGAUACUGAUUGACAUUGAUGAUAAUGUGGGUCCCCACCAUCUGAGAUAUGUGCUGUCCAGAGGACCUACUCCAGCAAGCAAAUUUUUUGUUGAUCCUAAAGAAACUCGAAGUAGUGUAGAGGUCAGUCCAGAGAGUGGAGUUUUAGUUCAGGAUAUUGCCAUUCGACUUGAACAAGAAGGAGGUUGUGGACUUGUGGUAGAUUAUGGUCAUGAUGGUAGCAAAGGUGAUACAUUUAGGGCUUUUCGACGUCAUGCUUUACAUGACCCACUGUGUGAACCAGGUACAGCUGAUCUAACGGCAGAUGUAGAUUUUUCAUAUCUAAAGAAGUUAGUUCAAGGACGAGCACUAACAUAUGGUCCCAUACCACAGGGAAUGUUUCUUGAAAACAUGUCUAUUAAAGCAAGGCUGGAGAAACUUCUGAAAUCUGCUACCCCAGAGUUACAAAAACAAUUAAAGUCUGGCUACGAAAUGCUUGUCAGUUCUGACAAAAUGGGAGACAGGCUCAAAUUUCUUGCUCUUUUUCCAACAGAUAUGCAGGAAGUCUUGACAAAAACUCCACCAGCAGGAUUUGUUGCCCCUCCAUAACUUUUGUAGUGACAGGUGUGCCAAUAUAAAAACCUUUUUUUAUUUGAAACGAAAUUAUUGUGUAAAACUGUAGAUUAUCCCAAUUAAUUGGUAUUAUGUUAUGUUUUUCUCUUUCUGUUUGCAUAAAAUGUGAAACAUGGACUGCUACAGGUAUUAACUUUUAAUGUAAUAGUACAAAUUCUUAAGAGAACCCAAGAAUUGUGAUAUGUUAGGUUGCUUAUUAUGGCAACAGGUUAUAAUUGUACAUUGAAAGUAGUUAGCUGGUUAGUUUUCUUCUUCAGUGUUUGUUUUUGUAAAGAUUACUUUAAAAUUCAAGAGAAAGAAAUAUAAACAAAUAGUAAAGUCUUUCUUGUGGAUAUUUGGUACUCUUUAUGACGUGGAGAAUUCACAAGCUAAGCUUUAAUUAAACAUAGAUGUAACCCAAAUAAAAGUAGAGGCUAAAGUUAAAGUAUAACUGUAGAGGUUUUUCUAGUAGUGAAAGACAACUAACAUUAUGUCUUCUGUCUUAUCAUAACCAGUUUUGUUUGUGUUGAGGUUUUCUAGCAGUGAAAGAAAACUAAUUAUGUCUGCUGUGUUAUUAUAACCAAUUUUGUUUGAGUAGAGGUUUUCUAGCUGUGAAAGGCAACUAUAAUUUUGUUCACUUCCUUAUAAUAACCAGUUCCGUUUGAGUAGAGGGCAAGAAAAUGCAUUCACUUUUUCUGAGUAGAAAAAAAUCACAUUAGUUGAGAUCUGGAAGGAGUUGCAUUUUUUUCUCACAGUUUGCCUUUAAAAACUUUAGUGAAUGUUUAAGUUUGAUUCAAUUGUUUGGAAACAUAAUUUGAUCAGAAAAGGAAAGGCAGUGUAAUAAUUAACACAUUUUAAUUGGACAUUUUGGAUUAUACAUGAUAAAUUUUUAGCAGUUUACUACAACAAAGAAGAAAUUAGAAUUAAGUAUUAACAGCUAAUAAAUGCAAAAGUUAAAUAUUUUAAUUUAGAACUUCUGAAGAUGGAUUAUGUAUAAUCUGAAAUGUUUAUGAUUGCCGUCAUCUCAGCUCCAUGGUAUGUUAUCUACAAGUUUACAGACCUACAAUACCAAAAUCUGCAGUUCAACUCCCUGCAUCAAACAAUGUGCAGAUAGCCCAUUGAGUAGCUUUGCACUAAGAAGGCAGCAGCUGUUAUUUUUACUUUUUUUGAUUAAAUUUAGUUUUAUUUUACAGUUUAAUACAUUUUUUUAUUGUUAAAUAUUGAAACUGCUAAAAAUCCCUACAGUUGAAUCCCUAUUUAAGCCUGAUUAUGCUUUUCAAAUUGAAUAAAGCUGUCCUAUUUAAAACAAACAUCUUCUAAUAAAUUAAGAUACCUAUGUGUUAAUAGGAAUAUUAGGUUUAAAAUUGUGUGUUUAUAAUUCUUGGUAACAUAUGAUCUAAAAUAUAUUCAUUGUUAUUGUUUCACAAAGAACUAAUUGGUUAAAAGUAUCAGUUUUGUGUAUAAAGCAUUAAACAGUUUAAAUGUGAGUUUGUAUCUUGGGAAUGUUGUGUACAUUGUUAGAUUAAUAAAUUUAGUAUUGUAUCUA